AUGUGUAAUGACCCAACAAGGUCGUCGUACGAGUCACAGAUCUACAGGCCGACCUUUGCGGGCUUCGUCAACAUCGACAUAGCUAAGACCAAGAAGAUCGCACUCAGGACAUUGAUUGACCAUUCUGUAGUGGAGAGCUUCGGGGCCGGCCGGAAGACGUGCAUCCUGGCGAGGAUUUACCCGAGGAAGGCCAUCGGGGAAGACGCGCACCUCUUCGUCUUCAACAAUGGCGAGUCGGACAUCAAGGUCACCAACCUGGACGCGUGGCAUAUGAGGACCCCCACGAUGAACAAGCUGCUGGAGCAGUAG